AUGCAAUAUCAAUAGCUUAUAUAGAAUAAUUUCCAGUCAAUCAUAGAUUUAUAUUAUCAUUAAGCUUAAUAGAGUGGUGAGAAUAGAUUUAGAGAGAUCAAGGCUUCCACUAAAAUUUAAGCUUGGCAUAAAAUGCAUAAAUUAAGAGUUAAAUAUAUAAAAAUCAGAUAUGUAUUAAAUUGAUUAAAUAGUCAACUGUUAUAAUACAAAAGUUUGCUCGUGGAUAUAUAGCUAGAAUGCUAAUGAAAAGAAAUAACGAUUCUAGAUACAAUGAAAGAAAUAUUAAAUAUUUCAGUUAUCAUGCAACAUAGAUCUAAAGACAUUUCAGAGGAUAUCAUUAUAGAAAAUAUUAUAUCAAUUGGUCAACCAGAAAAGCCUAUUUGGAAUUUUUAAAAACUAAAAAUCAAGACUUCUUGGAAGAAUUGAAGAAAGUAGAAGUUGAUGAAAAUUAAUAAUUAAAAAUAAGACAAGAGUAAUUGGCAAGAACUGAAUUUGAAUCACUUGCCAAGAAUUUACAUCAUCUCUCAUCUACAUAAACUAUUUCAGGUGUGUACAAUAGACCAUUUGGAAAUAAAGACAUAGUAUUUGAUAUGGAUGUAGAAAGUCAUCUUAAGGUUGUCUUCCACAGUAAUUAUGAAUGGGAAAAGAAGAGACAAAUGUCAAGAUAUGCCAAAAGCAAUAAAUUGAAUUACUCUAAUAAAUUAAAACCAUUGAAGUGA